GCUGUCGACGCGGCCUUCAUCUACCCUACUUUCACUUUUCUCGGCUGUUCCUAUAGCUUCUUCGCAUCUGUCAAACUCCAAACAGCCAUCUAGACCAACAAAAUGGCCACCGAACUUUGCCCCGUCUAUGCUCCCUUCUUCGGUGCGCUGGGUUGCACCUCAGCCAUCGUCUUCACCUGCUUCGGAGCUGCCUAUGGAACUGCCAAGGCCGGGGUCGGUGUCUGCGGCAUGGCCGUCCUCAGACCCGAUCUGAUCGUCAAGAACAUCGUCCCCAUUGUCAUGGCGGGUAUUAUCGGUAUCUACGGUCUGGUCGUGUCCGUCCUUAUCGCCAACGAUCUGAACCAAAAGGUGCCGCUGUACACCGGAUUCAUUCAGCUGGGAGCUGGUCUCGCUGUCGGUCUGGCCGGUCUGGCUGCUGGUUUUGCCAUUGGUAUUGUGGGUGACGCUGGUGUCCGUGGAACUGCUCAACAGCCCCGUCUCUACGUUGGAAUGAUUUUGAUUCUCAUUUUCGCUGAAGUUUUGGGUCUGUACGGUCUUAUCGUCGCCCUUCUCAUGAACUCCCGCUCGAGAAUUGACGCCGUCUGCUAAGCGAACGAUCCUAAUGCUCGCUCGCCCGCACGUUCUCUGUGAGACUCGUGCGCGCACCGGCGAUGGCAACGACGAGAUGUGAACAAGAACCCGCGCGAGCGGUGCCCCGUCGUUGAAGCCUAGUGUUCCCCAUGUUACGAAUCGUUUAUACCGUGAAGCGCGGAUUUGGUCCAGAAAUCCAUUCUCAAGAAAACAUGAUCUUUUAACGUGAUGUGUGUGUGUGUGUCUUGGUCGUCGGAAACAUUCCCUAAGAUUUACGUUACCGACAAGUGGUGGAGAAACAAGUUGAUCCGCUUGCAGGGUCUGUGAGUUGAGAAAAGGGACGGCUAGUGGAUAGGUAUAUCAAUCUCCCUCCUUUUCCAUUUCUUCGCGUCCCUUGGAGCAGGAGAAGGAGAUUAUAUGCCAGUGUAGACUACUAUUAGUGGGAGGAAGUGGCGAAGGGGGCGAUGUUUGAAUGGUUAGUAGAUAUUUGAAUCUACUAUUGCAUGGCUAAAG